UUUUAUAUCGUAAAAAAAAUAUUUUCUUAUAACUUUUUUUAAUGUAUUCCUUGUAUAGCUAAAAUUUGACUUACGGUAUGUAUAUAUGUAUGUAAUGAAUAUAUAUGGAGUCAUGUUCUAAUCAAAGCUUCAAAGUUUGUUUUAAUUUGUUGUAUACGCGCUUCAUAAAACAACAAGUUCUACAACUCUUCUACAAGUUUAAUGUCAAUACAAAUAACAAUGGCAUUGUGCUCGAGAUUACUUGCAAAUUUCAAUAAUAUGUCCAGAACUGCCAGCCGUCAUAUUGCCUCACUUUCUAUGUUGCCAGAUACGCAUCAGAUGUUAUAUAAAACAUGCAGAGACUUUGCCGAAAAUGAAUUGAAACCCAUUGCAGCAGAGAUUGAUAAGAAACAUCUCUUUCCAAAGGAACAGAUCAAGAAAAUGGGUGAAUUAGGUCUUAUGGGUUUGUGUGUUCCCGAAGCAUUAGGUGGCACAGGACUAGAUGCCCUGGCCUAUGCUAUAGCCAUGGAGGAAAUUUCAAGAGGUUGCGCAACUGCUGGAGUUAUCAUGAGCGCACACAAUUCUCUCUAUUUGGGCCCUAUAGAUUAUUUUGGGACUGAUAAGCAGAAAAAAAAGUAUAUUACUCCUUUUGUGACUGGAGAAAAGAUUGGUUGCUUUGCGCUGAGCGAACCAGGCAAUGGAUCUGAUGCUGGUGCAGCAUCUACUAUUGCCAAGGCAGACGGAAACGCUUAUACAAUUAAUGGCACCAAAUCAUGGAUAACUAAUGCAUACGAAGCCAAGGCAAUAGUUCUCUUCGCGACGACCGACAAGUCUAAGAAACACAAAGGUAUAAGUGCUUUCAUAGUUGAUAAUCCGACAACCGGUCUAAGUUUAGGCAAGAAGGAGGAUAAAUUGGGUAUACGAGGAAGCAGUACUUGUUCCUUAAUCUUUGAAGACUGUCAAGUGUCAAAAGAUAACGUCCUAGGCGAACCAGGAAUGGGCUUUAAAAUUGCGAUGAUGACUCUAGACAGUGGCAGAAUAGGAAUCGCCGGACAAGCAUUGGGUAUAGCUCAGGCAUCCUUGGAUUGCGCGAUAGAUUACGCAGCAAAACGCCAAGCCUUUGGUCAAUCUAUCAUAAAAUUACAGGCGAUUCAGCAAAAAAUUGCCGAUAUGGCUCUGAAACUGGAAAGUUCGAGAUUGUUGACGUGGCGAGCGGCACAACUCAAGGAUAACGGCAAGUCAUAUACAAAGGAAGCCGCUAUGGCAAAACUCUCUGCAUCAGAAACCGCCACAUUCUGUGCUCAUCAAUGCAUACAGAUUUUGGGAGGGAUGGGAUACGUGUCGGACAUGCCGGCGGAACGUCAUUAUAGGGACGCACGUAUCACGGAGAUCUACGAGGGCACAUCAGAGAUCCAGAGGCUCGUGAUCGCCGGAAAUCUUAUCAAAGAGUAUGGUCUCUGAAUUGAGAUCGCACUAUACAUACACGUAAGAUAAUAUUCCUUGUUAUUUUUUUUGCUUUUGUAUAUUCAAAUCAAAAUAUAUUUUAAAUGUAUUGUAUUGAUAUUAAAUUGUAUAUAUAUUCAAUUUUAUAUAUAUAUUUUUAUAUAUGAAGAAAGAAAAUAUUGAAAUAAAUUGCAUAUGCUAUGCCUUAUAAUUUUAUUAA